AUGACGAUUGAGCAAGGCCGGAAAAAUGGGGAGCAAUCUUCAAAGAAACUCUUCCCGGUCGCACAUGUUGAUACUAGCAAAUUGAAGUCGCGUGACGAUGAUUUGCCGGCCAACCUGAUCCAGAGCCAUUCGGAAGCCCAGUGGCAAGCUAUUGCCCAUUCAACAAAGCAGCUGGCCAAGGAUUUCAAGAAAUUUUCGUAUCUUCUUGAUGCGAAAAUUCAAGCGAAAACAGGCGGACCUACGAUUGGGGAGUCAUCGGAUGGACAGGAAUCUGACGAAGAGGAUGUGGACGAUGAGGGGGCCGACGAAAUGUCCGAAAAUGAUGAGGAAGAAGACGGGAGCGAGGGGGAAAUGGAAGACGAAGAGGAAGAAGCCGAUCUUUUCAAUAUGAAAGAGGCCGAUUUGGAAAACCUCGAUGAGCAAUUGAAAGCCCUUGAUUCUGACGUCGAUGAAGACGCAAUCCCGACGAAGACCACGAAAUCUGUGAAAUACCGCAAAACGCCGGUCGACGACAAAUUUUUCUCGCUGCGUCGCAUGGAGGCUGACAUUGACGAAUUAGAAAAUAUGGCUCUCGAUGAUGAUUUCGGACUCGGGGAUAUCGAUGACGAAUCGGCACGAGAACGCUACAAUUACAAGGAUUUCUUCGACGACCCGGACGAUGCUGCCCCAGUUCCUUCGGAAAAGCGAGGAAAAAAGAGAAAGAAUGUUGCAGAUGAGGUUGAAAAGCCGAAGAAGAAGAAAACGGUCAGAUGGGAUGAUGACCAAGGGGAGGACGAGGAAGAAGAUGAAGAUGUGGAAGAUGAGGCCGAUGGAGGAGACGAAGAAAUUGAGGAUGAGGAGAACGACGAUCAGCCGGUGCUGUUCGGACAAGGAUCAACAGAAACUGGAGAAGAAGAGACCGGGUUAGCGCAGAGGAUGAAAAAGAUCAAAGCUCGGAUCGAAAAGCUGGAAACCGAAAACUUGGCUCCCCGAUCAUGGGAACUGCAAGGAGAAGUCGCGGCCAAGGGACGAGAAGAGGAUGCCCUCUUGCAACAACACAUCCAAUUUGAGGCCACAAAUAAACGACCGCCCGAGGUGACGGAAGACUUUGACGCCAAGCUUGCCGGAAUCAUUCGUCAGCGAAUCAAGGACAACGUUUGGGACGAUCCGCAACGUAAAAUCAAGAAAACCGAGACCACCGAGCCAUAUCGUAACGAACGGAUAGAAGACCGACAACAGAUCAAGCAAUCUCUAGCUGAAGUCUACGAAAAGGAAUAUCAGAAAAAUUCUGGGCAAGUUGUCGAAGAAACAAAAACUGACCCUCUGCACGAAGAAAUUGAUGGGCUGGUUCGAUCGUUGUUCCUGAAUUUGGACGCACUGUAUCACUACGAAUUUGCGCCGCCAUCGCUCAAGCCUGAACUGAAGAUUGUUUCCAAUAUGGCGGCGCUCAAGGUUGAAGAGGUCGGCAUGAUGGCUUCGACUGAUGAGCAACUACUGGCCCCAGAGGAGACACAAAAACAUCAUAAGGGCGACAUCAAGGCCGAUGAAGAGCGUACAAAGACGGACAAGCUACGUGCGAGGAGAAAGAAGAAGAACCGCCAACAUGUCAUGGCCACGCGUGUUCUUGGGAAAGAUGGUGGCAAGAUUGGCGCUGGUGAUGCUCCCAAAAAGGAAAGAACCGCUCAGAAAACACAUAAAGCCAAGGAAUUCAUGCAGCAACUCAACGAGACGGUGCGAGCUGAGAUUGAGAAAAAGUCGACGAAAGCCGACAAAAUCGCUAAAGCCAAAAAGGAGAUGCGAUUAUCACUUGUGCAGCGAAUAGCGUCAUCGAGUUCUUGGAUGAGCAAUAAGACCGGGUUUGGACCCAACCGUCUCUACAAGAAGGGCGUCCAUUUCGUUGGAACCGAGCCGGCCGAGUUGAAAUAUCAUCAGCUUCAAGACAAGAAACCCGGCGAAAAUUAUGGUCUGCAGGGAACCAAUCAUCAGCUUCCCGGUGUUGGAAAGAUCCACAGUAAGCUCCCCACGAAGGUCCACAUGAAGAAGGACAAGGUCUACGCAUGGUGCAGUUGCGGCUACAGCGGGACUCAGCCACUCUGCGACGGUACUCACAACAUGACCCACACGCCGAAAACAAACCUCAAGCCAGUGCGAUUUAUACCAGAUCGGGAUAUGACUGUGUGGCUGUGCAACUGUAAGCAAACCAAGAAUCGACCGUUCUGUGAUGGUUCGCAUAAAAAUAUCAAGGAUGACGACAAGUUGGCCGGGCUUUUUGAU